GACAGAAACGUGUUAGGAAAGCAGAAAGAGAAAAUGCCAGCCAUCCUGGUAGCCUCCAAAAUGAAAUCGGGACUACCUAAACCCGUACACAGUGCUGCUCCAAUCCUGCAUGUCCCAACAGCCAGGACCAUCCCGCAGCCCUGUUACCUGAAGUUUGGGAACAAGGUGGAGGUGACGAAGCCAUUGUAUUCCAGCCAGAUUCCUCUCAAAUCUCCUAAUGGACAAGAAAACGCAGGAGAUGGACUCCCACCAAGGAAGAGUAGCUCGGUAGAAAAUGGAUUUGACACACAGAUUUAUACGGAUUGGGCUAAUCACUAUCUGGCAAAAUCUGGUCACAAGAGAUUGAUAAAGGAUCUGCAGCAAGAUGUGACUGAUGGAGUCUUAUUAGCUGAAAUAAUCCAGGUUGUAGCAAAUGAAAAGAUUGAGGACAUAAAUGGCUGCCCAAAAAAUAGGUCUCAGAUGAUUGAAAACAUAGAUGCAUGCCUCAGUUUCUUGGCUGCUAAGGGGAUUAACAUACAGGGGCUGUCUGCGGAAGAAAUCAGGAAUGGGAAUCUAAAGGCCAUCUUGGGCCUUUUCUUCAGUUUAUCUCGAUACAAGCAACAGCAACAGCAGCCACAGAAACAGCAACCACACCACCAUCCGUCCCAGCAGCCUCCCUCAGUAUCUCAGCCAGCAGGGACUCCAUCCCAGUGCCAGGUCGGGGUACCACAGCAGCAGGUACCAGCUUCACUCCAGACUCCGUGCCAACAGCCCCUGCAAGCUGCGCAGCAUCAGUUCAAAGCACAACCAGAAAUGCAGUCCAGACUUCCAGGCCCCACCACGAGGGUGUCCGCUGCAGGCAGUGAGGCCAAAGCUCGUGGUUCUAUUAGUGCCAACAAUCGACGCAGCCAGAGCUUUAACAAUUAUGACAAAUCUAAGCCUGGACUUCCCCCUCCGACACCAACAAGUAGCAAUGACAAAGAGCCUGCAGACAGUACAGCCUCCCAGCCCACAGGAAUGAAUGAAAAUGUCUCAUCCUCAGUUCAGAGCUGCAGCAGUACUGUUAGUUGCAAUAACUCAUCAGCCAUCCCUCAGCCAAGCUCUGCUAUUAAACCUUGGCGCAGCAAGUCCCUCAGUGCUAAGCACACAGCUACGUCUUCCAUGUUAUCUGUAAAGCAGCCUAUAUCGGAGCCUCCAAAGCCACCCUCAGAAAUCGCCAAAACAACUCCCAACGGUCAAAAAUCCAUGCUUGAAAAAUUAAAACUCUUCAAUAGCAAAGGAGGCUCGAAAGCAGGAGGGACGACGCUCGAGUGUCCGGGGUCUCGGGACAACAGCUGUGAAAAGCUCGAGAUGCUUCUCAGCUUUGAGGAAAGCGAAGAAACUGAUGCCGCAAAUCAGAAUGUCAACAAUCCAGGAUCGAUGUCCAGUAGCCCCAAAAUUGCACUCAAGGGAAUUGCACAGAGGACUUUUAGCCGGGCACUAACUAAUAAGAAAAGUUCUCCAAAGGGUAAUGAGAAGGACAAAGACAAACAGAAAGAGAAAGAAAAGGACAAGAGUAAAGACACUGCAAAGAGAACAUCUAUCACUGAAAAGCUGGACCUGAAAGAGGAACCAAAAGAAGACCAGACGGCACUAGCAACAACAGAGAUGCCAAAAAAGUCCUCCAAGAUCGCAAGCUUUAUCCCUAAAGGAGGAAAACUGAAUAGUGCCAAGAAGGAGGCCUCUGCCCCGUCGCACAGUGGAAUACCAAAACCAGGAAUGAAAAACACCACAGGGAAAUCCUCAAGUGCCCCCGUUCCUGCAAAGGAAGGCGAGAGAAGCCGCAGCGGGAAAGCCGGCUCGGGGCUUUCUCAUCAGAAGUCUCAGCUGGACAGCAGGCAUUCCAGCUCCUCAUCCAGCCUGGCUUCUUCAGAAGGAAAAGGCGUAGGAGGCCUCAACAGCAGCAGCAGCAGCCAAGCUGUCAACGGACCCGCCGCCACGACACACACCACAGGGAGCAACACUGUGAGUGUUCAGCUACCUCAUCCCCAGCAGCAAUACAGCCACCCGAACACUGCCACGGUAGCUCCCUUCAUGUACAGAUCACAGACGGACAAUGAAGGGAACGUAACAGCUGAGGCCAGCACAGGAGGAGUCAGCAUGGAUUCUGCUCUUUAUGUCAAAACUGGACAGCCUACUCUUGAAGACCUCUCAGGAGAGGAUCCAGAAACUCGGCGGUUGCGAACUGUGAAAAACAUUGCCGAUCUUCGGCAGAACUUGGAGGAAACAAUGUCCAGUUUACGGGGAACCCAGGUCACUCACAGCACAUUGGAAACUACAUUUGACACCAAUGUCACUACCGAGAUAAGCGGCCGCAGCAUCCUCAGCUUGACGGGACGACCGACCCCCUUAUCGUGGAGACUGGGGCAGUCCAGCCCUCGCCUGCAGGCAGGCGACGCUCCAUCGAUGGGAAACGGGUAUCCUCCGCGAGGGAACGCCAGCCGCUUCAUCAACACAGAGUCGGGACGUUACAUGUAUUCGGCACCUUUGCGGAGGCAACUGGCGUCUCGCGGCAGCAGCGUCUGCCACGUGGACAUCUCGGACAAGGGAAGUGACGAAAUGGAUCUGGAAGGCAUCACCAUGGAUGCCACCGGCUACAUGAGCGAUGGCGAUGUGCUGGGCAAGAAUAUCAGAGCUGACGACAUCACGAGUGGGUAUAUGACCGAUGGUGGCCUGGGCCUCUAUACGCGAAGGCUAAACCGGCUGCCCGAUGGCAUGGCUGCAGUGCGGGAGACAAUGCAGCGCAAUACGUCACUGGGCCUCGGAGAUGCUGACAGCUGGGAUGACAGCAGCUCUGUCAGCAGUGGGAUCAGUGACACCAUAGAUAAUCUCAGUACCGAUGACAUAAACACUAGCUCCUCUAUCAGCUCCUAUGCCAACACACCUGCCUCCUCCCGCAAAAACUUAGAUGCACAGAUCUGUAAAUGUAGAAGUUUAGAGAAACAUGGGACAUGGAAACAGUCACACUGUGAAUUUAUUGCACACCUACCGGCGGUCAUAAAUAGAAAGACUGAUGCAGAAAAGCAUUCCCAGGUUGAGAGGAAUUCCUUGUGGUCCAGUGAUGAAGUCAAGAAAUCGGAUGGAGGAUCUGAUAGCGGCAUAAAAAUGGAGCCAGGAUCUAAAUGGAGGCGGAAUCCCUCUGAUGUGUCAGAUGAAUCUGAUAAAAGUACUUCUGGUAGGAAGAACACUGUUAUUUCACAGACGGGCUCCUGGCGACGGGGCAUGUCAGCUCAGGUUGGCAUUACCACACCAAGGACUAAACCUUCAACCACCUCAGGCACAUUAAAGACACCUGGAACAGGGAAAACUGAUGACGCCAAGGUAUCAGAAAAGGGUAGACUAUCUCCUAAAGCUGGACAUGUUAAACGUUCCCCAUCAGAUGCAGGACGCAGCAGUGGUGAUGAAUCCAAAAAGCUUCCCACAAGUAACUCUAGAACAACUGCUGCUAAUGCUAAUACAUUUGGAUUUAAGAAACAGAGCGGGUCAGCUGUAGGCAUGACUAUAAUCACUGCCAGUGGGGCAACAAUCACCAGUAGAUCGGCUACCUUGGGAAAAAUCCCAAAGUCAUCUGGACUCAUGGGUAGGACCACUGGUCGGAAGACUAGUGUUGAUGGCUCUCAGAACCAGGAUGAUGGCUACUUAGCACUUAGUGCCCGAACUAAUCUUCAGUAUCGUAGUUUGCCCCGGCCCAGUAAGUCCAGUAGCAGAAGUGGAGCUGGGAAUAGAUCUAGCACAAGUAGCAUAGACUCCAACAUAAGCAGCAAGUCAGCUGGGCUGCCUGUCCCUAAAAUGAGAGAGCCGGCCAAGGUAAUCCUUGGAAACUCUCUGACAGGAUUAGUCAAUCAGACAGAUAAAGAGAAAGGGAUUUCGUCUGACAACGAAAGCGUGGCCUCAUGUAAUUCUGUUAAAGUGAACCCUGCAUCACAGACUGCUUCUAGCGGAGCUCAGAGUUCUCACCAGCAAGGAGCCAAGUACCCCGAUGUGGCCUCUCCCACUUUGCGCAGACUUUUUGGUGGCAAGCCUAGUAAACAAGUUCCCAUCACAACAGUUGAAAAUAUGAAAAAUUCAGUAGUCAUCUCCAAUCCUCACGCUACUAUGAACCAGCAGGGUAAUCUUGAUUCACCAUCUGGCAGUGGUAUGCUGAGCAGUGGGGGCAGCAGUCCUCUGUAUAGUAAAAACCCAGAUAUGAACCAAUCUCCACUAGCUUCUAGUCCCAGUUCAGCACAUUCAGCUCCUUCCAACAGCUUAACGUGGGGUACCAACGCGAGUAGCUCUUCUGCUGUUAGCAAGGAUGGCAUUGGAUAUCAGUCUGUCAGCAGUCUUCAUACCAGCUGUGAAUCCAUUGAUAUCUCUCUGAGCAGUGGAGGUGGGCUGAGCCAUAACUCCUCCAGUGGCUUGAUUCCAGCCUCUAAAGAUGAUUCUCUGACUCCCUUUGUCCGAACCAACAGUGUUAAGACUACGUUGUCUGAAAGCCCUCUUUCUUCCCCUGCUGCUAGCCCCAAAUUCUGCCGAAAUACUUUGCCCAGGAGACAGGACAGCGACCCACAUCUUGAUAGGAACACUUUGCCUAAGAAGGGACUCAGGUAUACUCCAUCCUCCCAACUCCGUAAUCAGGAAGAUGCAAAAGAAUGGCUACGGUCCCAUUCAGCAGGAGGACUUCAGGAUACUGCUGGCAAUUCUCCAUUUUCAUCUGGAUCCAGCAUAACAUCACCCUCUGGAACCAGAUUUAACUUCUCACAGCUUGCAAGCCCAACCACAGCAGCCCAGAUGAGUCUGUCGAACCCAACUAUGCUGCGGACCCACAGCCUUUCCAAUGCAGAUGGUCCUUAUGACCCCUACAGUGAUACGCGCUUCAGGAACAGCUCAAUGUCCCUGGACGAGAAAAGCAGAACAAUGAGCCGGUCUGGCUCUUUCCGCGAUGGCUUUGAAGAAGUGCAUGGUUCUUCUCUCUCUUUGGUAUCCAGUACAUCAUCUAUUUAUUCAACACCUGAAGAGAAGUGCCAGUCAGAGAUUCGCAAGCUACGAAGAGAGUUGGAUGCAUCUCAAGAAAAAGUGUCAGCUCUGACAACUCAGUUGACUGCCAAUGCUCACCUGGUGGCAGCAUUUGAGCAGAGCCUGGGGAACAUGACGAUCAGACUGCAGAGCCUGACAAUGACAGCGGAGCAAAAGGACUCAGAACUGAAUGAGUUAAGGAAGACAAUUGAACUACUGAAGAAGCAAAAUGCUGCUGCCCAGGCUGCCAUCAACGGAGUCAUCAACACCCCUGAGCUCAACUGCAAAGGACCUGGAGCUGCUCAGCCCACAGACCUGCGGAUCCGAAGGCAGCACUCUUCGGAUAGUGUCUCCAGUAUUAACAGUGCUACCAGUCACUCCAGUGUGGGAAGCAACAUCGAGAGCGAUUCAAAGAAAAAGAAGAGGAAGAACUGGUUACGCAGCUCCUUCAAGCAAGCUUUUGGUAAAAAGAAAUCUCCCAAGUCAGCAUCUUCUCAUUCAGAUAUUGAGGAGAUGACUGAUUCGUCAUUACCUUCUUCACCAAAGCUGCCACACCAUAACUCCACUGUUUCAACACCGUUGCUGAGAGCUUCUCAUCCCAAUUCUCUUAUUUCUGAAUGCACUGACAGUGAAGCUGAAACAGUCAUGCAGUUACGAAACGAGCUGAGAGACAAGGAGAUGAAGUUGACUGAUAUUCGUCUAGAAGCCCUUAGCUCUGCUCAUCAGCUCGACCAGCUUCGGGAGGCAAUGAACAGAAUGCAGAGUGAGAUUGAAAAACUAAAAGCAGAAAACGAUCGGCUGAAAUCUGAAAACCAUGGCAGCUGUAGCAGGGCUCAAUCUCAGGUUUCCAUUUCAUCCUCCCCAAGACAUUCAGUGGGUCUCUCUCAACACAGUUUGAACCUGACGGAGUCAACCAGUCUUGACAUGCUGUUAGAUGACACUGGAGAUGGCUCUGCCCGGAAAGAAGGAGGCAGGCACGUCAAAAUAGUCGUCAGCUUUCAAGAUGAAAUGAAAUGGAAGGAGGAUUCGAGGCCUCGCACCUUCCUCAUAGGCUGCAUCGGGGUCAGUGGCAAGACCAAAUGGGAUGUUCUGGACGGGGUUGUAAGACGGCUGUUUAAGGAGUAUAUCAUUCACGUGGAUCCCGUCAGCCAGCUGGGACUGAAUUCAGACAGUGUUCUGGGCUACAGCAUUGGAGAAAUCAAACGCACUAAUAGUGCAGAGACACCUGAGCUGUUGCCCUGUGGCUAUCUAGUCGGAGAAAACAACACUAUUUCUGUUACCAUCAAAGGUAUCUGCGAGAACAGUUUGGACGGUCUGGUGUUUGAAUCACUGAUCCCAAAGCCUAUACUGCAGCGUUAUAUCUCUCUCCUGAUGGAACACAGACGGAUUAUCUUAUCCGGUCCCAGUGGCACUGGCAAAACAUAUCUUGCAAACCGUCUGUCUGAGUACAUGGUCCUUCGAGAGGGCAGGGAGCUGGCCGAGGGCAUUAUUGCAACCUUCAAUGUGGACCACAAAUCCAGUAAGGAACUCCGCCAAUACCUGUCCAACCUAGCAGACCAGUGUAACAGUGAAAAUAACGCUGUGGAUAUGCCUCUUGUAAUCAUCCUGGAUAAUUUGCAUCACGUUAGCUCCCUAGGGGAGAUCUUUAAUGGACUUCUAAACUGCAAGUACCACAAAUGUCCGUAUAUUAUUGGCACAAUGAACCAAGCCACCUCCUCAACACCUAAUCUUCAACUUCACCAUAAUUUCAGAUGGGUGCUAUGUGCUAACCACACUGAGCCAGUCAAAGGCUUUCUCGGCCGUUUCUUGAGAAGAAAGCUCAUUGAAACAGAGAUCAGCGGCAGGAUGAGAAAUGCAGAGCUGGUUAAAAUUAUUGAUUGGAUUCCCAAGGUCUGGCAACAUCUGAACAAAUUCUUGGAGGCUCACAGCUCCUCUGAUGUUACUAUUGGUCCACGGCUCUUCCUCUCCUGUCCGAUAGAUGUAGAUGGUUCUAGAGUCUGGUUUACUGACUUGUGGAACUACUCCAUCAUCCCCUAUCUUCUGGAGGCAGUUAGAGAAGGGCUGCAGUUGUACGGGAGGAGAGCGCCCUGGGAGGACCCUGCCAAGUGGGUGAUGGACACCUACCCCUGGGCAGCCACCCCCCAGCACCAUGAGUGGCCACCUCUGCUGCAGCUGCGGCCUGAAGACGUGGGCUUUGAUGGCUACUCAAUGUCACGGGAGGGCUCAACCAGCAAACAGGUCCCAGUGAGUGAUGCUGAAGGAGAUCCUUUGAUGAACAUGCUCAUGAGACUGCAAGAAGCAGCCAACUACUCAAGUCCUCAGAGUUAUGACAGUGACUCUAACAGCAACAGCCAUCACGAUGACAUCCUUGAUUCAUCUCUGGAGUCAACAUUGUGAUCUUGUUCAGAUAGAAACAGGCUGUUUCCAUAUUGCUCUCCCACUUGGCAAGAACCCUGAUCACAGACUCAUGAAAAGAACACAUUCCUGGGCUGGGCUGGGAUCUCAGUAUUAGAGCUGCAAGAACAACAAGACACUUGGAGUCAGUCUUGAACCUGGGUGCGGGCAACCCAAGCAGCCUUUGUAUUGUUUUUCUUUUAACAAUGAUGAGAACUGCACUAUUCCUUGGUUUUCUUCUGUUUAGUUGCUGUAAGCUCUCAUGCCUAAGAUACUGAAGAUGUUCAAAAUAAUCAUCGUUACUAAAAGUUGAAGGGGUGGGAGGGGAACUUCCCAACUGUGAAGCGAAUAGCUUUGUGCCAUGUACUGUCCGGAAGGAGAGGGGAGAGGAAAUAUUUGCCUAUGCUGCUUCUGACCAAACACAUUUAGGUGAGGGCUGGACUUUUACCGAUCAGCUUUUAGGAGUAAACUCAGCUUCAUAUAGUUCUGGUGCUAUAACAGUAUCGCUUGCCUUGGAAAUAAUACUCAAUAAAGGCAAAGCUGCAAAACAGGGAUGUUUGAAUAAAUAUCAAAAAGGGGGGGGGGGGGGGGGGGGGGGAAGCAAAAGUGCUGCUCUCCUUGCCAGUCUGAGACCUUGGCUUUCUUUCAUUGUGUGUUUAUAAAGAUAUAUAUAUAAAUAGGAAUAUAUAAAAAUAUAUAUACAGUCUGAACAGAUCAGGUUUUUUCAAACACUGUGUAACAAUCAGUCCUACUACAAGUGAAAGAUCAGGUAGCCCUUGGCUAGUCAGGGCCUGAUUCUCUUCCCACUGACAUCCACAUAACCAACUUGGUUGACUUCAUUGGCAUUAAAACCGAUUUAUUUCCGCGAGGGGAGUGAGUGUCCCUCCUCUGCAGCGAAAGGGCCGUGCCCCGUCGAGUCGUGCAGCUCCACAGGACCCUUGGCAGUGCACAGGCGUGGAGAGCCCUGCACACGGAGGUGAGCUACACCCCUGGCAAGGGAUCAAUCACACUUCCCAGUUUUUAAUUCUUGCCAUGAAAUGUUACAGCUGUUUUCUAAAAACUUUGGCUUCUGUUCAGAGGUUUCGUUCCAAUCAGCAUAACUAUAAAUGGAUUAAUUAGAACUCUGUGACAGUUCCAGUGCUACUCCGGUUGCAACAUUUACUUCCAUGGUUUUUCAUUUUAAUUGGGGAAAAAAAACAUAAUAAAUGAAUCUUUUAGCAGUAUUCAGGUCUGGAAAAAAAGGAGGGAAGGUACUGUGUCUUUUUAAGUUUAGCUGGGCCAUGCUUUUUGAGUUUUGGCAGAGCCGUGAACCUGGUUUUAUUUCUCCUCCUCUCUGAACGCACACACCUACACUCGCAGUGUUAAGGCUCGUACUUGGUUGGGGAAGCAGAAUGCCUCCCAGAGGGUUGCGCUUCCCUUGGUACGGAAGCAGAUGCUCACACCACCAUCACCGCGAUGUUGGCUGUACCUCAGCGACAACAUCACUCCUUGAUAUGGAUCCGUACUAGCCUUUCCAGCUGUCUUUUGGUGCUGAACUUUAAAGCGAUGCCUUAUUUUGUACUAAUUGUGUUUGAUUAAAUUAGUGCUGUAUAUUACAGGAUUUUAUUUAAAGAAACAGGGCUAAAGUCAUCUCUUGGAAUAUCAUAAGUUGCUGUGAAUAUUGUUUGUAUGAAAUACUAGAAUUUGUUUAAAUGUGACAAAAAAGGAGGGAAAUGAGAUAACUUUUCAGGUUCAUAUCAAUCCGCAGCUAAUAAAUCACUGAAGAGCUGUUUUAUCUACCCAUGCAGGAGGAAGGAAGGAAAAAAAAAAAAGAAAGCUUUUCAACUGUAAUGAAUGCUGUCAUUAAUAAAUUGCAGGAAUAUGCUGGUUUUUCAAUGUACAGAAAGAAAACUUAUUACAAACACUUUUUUAAGAGCUUGUGGGUUUCAAGUAAUAUAACAGACAAGUUCAUGCUUCUGUGACUCAGCUUGAGAGGAUGGUUUUAUUAUACCUCAUGACUUUCUGUAACAUAACUGUACUUUGUCUUACUGAGCUGGUCUUGAAUCUGCUCCUGUUACAACUUUUAAGUGCUGAUGACUUUUUUUUUUAAGAAGAAAAAUAUUGUAAAAGAAAAAUUUAAAUAUUUUAAUGACGGGGGGGGCGGGGGGAAGAGCUUGGUGUUGUUACUGUUUUAACCUUAUGAACUCUAUUUCAUGAUUUCACUGAAUGAAAUACCAAGGGUUACUCAGCUAACGUUCCUAAUCCAGUUCUUGGUACUGUAAAAAUGGGAUAAAUCUGUGUGGAAUCAAAUAGAUAGCAUGCUGAUGAUGAGUUUGAGAGAGGUUACUUUUUCCAGUAGUCUGGACAAUUCUGCUUCCCAGCACUGACUUUACCUGCUACUACUGUGAAUUUUGGUAUCUAAUCCCCCAACUGAAUCCGUGCAGAUAGAGCAUGUGCCUGUAAAAAAAAAAUCCAGUUGCAGGACUAGGGCUUUAAAUGGACUUUAUCUCCUAGAAAACGUCUCGGUUAACCUUUAACUGAGUGCUGUAAGACAUGUUUAAAACGGUGUUUUAUUUGUGGGGAACGGGGUUUUUUUCUUUUCUUCUCAUUUUUAAUCCUGAGCUGAAGCUCAGGAAGGAAUUUCAGUUACUUUUUAUUGACACUAGCUUGCAUUACAGUGAGAGAGGCAAUUUUGGCUAGGAUAGGCAUUCUAAGCAUCACGAUAUUCAGUGUCUUUUCUGAAACUUCGGGAAGCAGGGUUACCUGUUGUGCACAUGUCUUCAUUUUUAUCAAGACUUCCUGUAGAUUAGAUUAAGUCUUUCUUUAAGUGGCUUAGUUCACAUUUAAGGCUUUUUCAAAACACUUCCUUGUUUUUGCUUUUUUUCCUGACAAAGUUGGCUUGUUUAAUAAAAAGAAAAUCAAGAAAGAAAUGCAAGAUUCUAUGCAACAUUCAUGUUGAAUUAUAAAUUGGAAGUAUAAACAGUUUUCUUUCCUUCAGAACUGCCAAGAAUGAUACAGGCCAUAAAUGAGAUGUGGUUUAUUUGGGGAAGGGGGGCGGGGGGUUGGUUGGCCUUUUUGUACAUUUUGGAAGAAGCAAACUGAUAUUUCAUUGUUGAUGCUUAACUUCGGUAUUAUGUGUAUGAAAUCUUGUCUAAAUGUGGCGAUUUUCUUUCAAGAAAAAAAUACAAAAACGGAGCAAAAAAAUCUUUCUUUGUCGAUACUAAAUGGAAGGUUGCUGUUUUGAUCUAGUCAUUUCCAGUGGAACAGUUUAUGAAAUAUGUUCUAUAAGAUGUACAUUUUUUCAUUGUAACAUAGAAAUGUAAAUAAUUGAUUAAAAGUGCUGCAUUUUGAUGAAUUUUUUCUAGCCAUUUUUAAAGAGAAAAACUAGGAAUUGAGUAUUUUGUGUACGUUUUAUGAUGUUUUCCAUUUGCUCCUCUCCCUAUUUAAUUUUCAGUUCUCAUUUAGGAUUGGAAUUUGUGAAUGGUCUGUUUGAGAUCAUGCCUCCCCUUUCUCACCCUCCCCGUUUCUCCCCCACCCCCUGUGUCAUGGAGAAUAAAGCUGAUGAUUGUACCAGUCUUAAAUUAUUCAUGAUUCAAUAAAAUUGAUGCUUAUUUAUUCAGA